CUUUUUAGCCUCCGAUAAUUAAUUAGUGGAUAAAUUAUUAUUAUUAUUAUUAUUAUUUUUCGUUUCCUUACCGUCUCUUCUUCUUAGUUCAUACACAAAGCACAAGCAUUUUUUUUUUCUUCUUUUUCUUCCAUUUGUUGAUCUGCCACUUGUGACACGAUCUUUUCCUUUUAAUGGGCACUUGAGAUCAUAGAAAAGCUGAAAAAAAGAGAGGAUUUGAAGGGGAAACACUCGGUAAAGAUUGGAUUUUUUUAAAGGGAAAUUGAGUGAUUUUUUUGUUGUGUGAAAAAAAGGGGGUGAAAGUGAGGAUGAUUUGGAGUAAUCUUUGAAGAAUUUGUGUUAAAUUUUGGGUUUUUGAUUCUGGGUUUUUCUCUUGAAUUUCGAUUAUGGGUGGUGGUGGGUGUUUUCCUUGUUUUGGAUCAUCAAACAAGGAAAAAAGUAAUAAUGGUGGGAAAUCCAUUAAAGAACUGAACAACAAGGAUUCAAUUAAAGAUGGCUCAGUUGGUCAGUCUCAUCAUGUUAAUAGAGCUAGUUUAGACAAAUCGAAAUCCCGGAGUGGUUCUGAUUCUAAGAAGGAACCUGCAGUAUCUAAAAAUGGAUCAACCGAAAAUAUCCCAGCUCAAACAUUUACAUUUCGAGAGCUUGCUGCUGCCACAAAGAACUUUAGGCCGGAAUGUCUAUUAGGAGAAGGUGGUUUUGGACGUGUUUACAAGGGCCGGUUGGAAAGUACGGGACAGGUCGUUGCUGUCAAACAGCUUGAUAGAAAUGGCCUUCAGGGAAAUAGAGAAUUCCUCGUUGAAGUUCUCAUGCUUAGUCUCUUACACCACCCAAACCUUGUCAACCUGAUUGGUUAUUGUGCCGAUGGGGACCAACGCCUCCUUGUCUAUGAGUUUAUGCCUUUAGGGUCAUUGGAGGAUCAUUUACAUGAUCUUCCACCGGAUAAGGAACCUUUGGACUGGAAUACGAGAAUGAAGAUUGCAGCUGGUGCAGCCAAGGGAUUGGAAUACUUGCACGAUGAAGCUAGUCCUCCUGUUAUAUACCGAGACUUAAAAUCAUCCAACAUCCUUCUUGAUGAAGGCUAUCACCCUAAAUUAUCUGAUUUCGGGCUUGCAAAACUAGGUCCUGUUGGUGACAAAACCCAUGUGUCCACUCGUGUAAUGGGUACUUAUGGUUAUUGUGCUCCGGAAUAUGCAAUGACCGGCCAGCUCACUCUAAAAUCCGAUGUCUACAGUUUCGGAGUGGUCUUUCUCGAGCUUAUCACGGGGCGCAAGGCCAUUGAUAAUAUGCGUGCUCCUGGAGAGCAGAAUCUGGUUGCAUGGGCACGACCGCUUUUCAAAGAUCGUAGGAAGUUUCCGAAAAUGGCUGACCCGCUACUACAAGGUCGUUAUCCGAUUCGUGGAUUAUACCAAGCUCUUGCAGUUGCAGCAAUGUGUUUGCAAGAGCAAGCGGCUACAAGGCCUUUAAUGCGCGAUGUGGUUACGGCCCUUACGUAUUUAGCCUCACAAACUUAUGACCCAAAUGCCCCUGGCAACCAAAGCAACAGAGUCGGUCCAUCAAAUCCAAGACUUAAGGAUGAUAGGAAUAUGGCUGACGGGUUAGACAGCCCCGAGGGUCGUGGAUGGCAUCAUGGUUCUCCUUCCACGCAUAGAAAUUCGCCUGAUUACAGGAAGAGGAAUCAGGUGAGGGAAUCUAGCACCGGUUCUGAGUUGAUCAGGAAUGACGCUGGUGGGGGAUCAGGGAGGAAAUGUGGUUCGGAUGAUUCGGAAGGACAAGAAUCUAAUAGAGGCAGCCCACUGAAUGCAUCAAGAGCAAGGGAAACUCCACAUAAUCGUGUUCUCGAUAGAGAACGUGCUGUUGCGGAGGCCAAAGUAUGGGGUGAGAAUUGGAGGGAGAGAAAACGGGCGAACGCAAUGGGUAGCUUUGAUGGUACAAAUGAGUAAUGACCGAUGCUACCUAAAUACUAACUCAUGUCAUUCUUCUCUUCCAAUCGAGGACAUUGCGUAUCGGUUUCUUGGAAAAAAUUAAAACUCCAACGAUAAAACCAUCCGUUACUGUCAAUCUCCAUAUCUACCCCGGAAAUAAGAGUUAAUGCAUGUAUCUAACUUUUGACUAUUGUUUACUUGUCCUAUAGUACAUUUCCAAAUUCUUCGAUUAUGUGGUCGAAGGAAGAAACACAAAAAAAGAAGGGAUUGAGAGCAGUCGAUCGGUUUCGAGAAUUCACAGGUAAAUUUCCACCAGCAAAAAAAAAAAAAAAAUGUAUGCAACAUACUAUAUGUAUUUAGGCUUCUUUCUUUUUUCUUUCUUUAUUGAGAUUCAUGUUACGGGAGAUGUAUGUGGGGGGAAAUCUUAGUAUAGGUUUGUCUGGUUGUCUCACCAGUCUUGUCUAGUUUUCGACUUGUUCGAAUUCGUGUAUGCAUCUCCGAUUCUACCUUGUUUUCGGCUUUAUACAUAGAGGUUUCAUGAUAUUAUUAUCAUUUAUGUAUGAUCACCUUCGUCCUAUUGUUCUCUAUGUAAUUACUUGUUUCAUUAUAUUGUCAUUCAUAUAUGAUUAUCAUCAUGAUAAAAGCACUACAGAGGUCUUUAUAUUAAGAGUCGAAUUGUAUUUUAUUUUCUCUACCAAAAAAAAUGAGCAAAUUAGUUUAUGUAUGUUACAUUGAGUAAAUUUAUCAUUUUGAUAAAAGUUUCAUCCACUUUUAGUCACUUUAUGUCAGAAUGAGGUACACGUGACAUAUUACAUAUAACCAUUUUGUAAUUUUUAUAAUUAGGUGAUAAAAAAAUUAAUAAUUGAGUAAUUUACAUAUUUUUUAAAAUUAUUAUCUCAAUCUCCUAUAUAUAUUUCAUUAAAAAUAUUAGACUGAAUUUAAUUGAUUCGUAUUUAAAUUUAAAUAGUGAUACUCGGAUUUAAUACGACACUCAUUGCAUACAAGCUCAACCUAAUGCUAUCCGAUAUUUAGCAAAAAACAUUAUAUCUACAUUUAAGGCCUCAAUUACUAGGUAUUAAGUAUAAAAAUGCAGGACCACCAGUCACUAAACCGAAUCACACCGGGUUCGAAUUUCCGGCAACCUGAACUCGCCAACCGAAACACCGGAUAUACAGUGAAUUGAGUGCCAUAGCUGU